AUGCCAAAAAAGGCCGACAAGUCUGGUGCUACUUCGCAUCCUGGCUAUGAAGAGCGACUGCGGAACGCGCCGGGACUGGCAGAGGUGCUGGUCAUCCUCAAGGAGGCUUCGGCCACAAAGAGUGAACAGUCUAGAAGUUUCUUCUUUCAAGCACUCAGUGUGCUAGCUCAAAAGGCGGCUGCGACAAGUGCAGCCAGUGCAGACUGCAAAGUGGCAGCUGUCCAACAAGGAGAAUGGCUCUUGGAGUCGUGCUCCAAGCUGGAUGGUGGCAAACCGCAGGAGAGUGCGGUGACUUCGAUGGUGCGGGUUUGCUGUGCCUGUGGAGCUCAAGACAAAGCGCUGAAAUUGGUUGCAGAAGCUCAGGCUAAGGGCGUCAAGCCGCGCUUGCGAACCCUUUCCGCAGUGCUGCUCCAGGCCUCUGAAGCAGGUGACCAUGGUCUCUGUGAGAAUGUCUGGGCGCAGCUGCCGAGCCUGGGACUGGAGCCACAAGACUCUGAGUUUGCCAUAAUGUUGCGGACAUUCCGUGGAGAACCGAAGCGCUUCCUCCUCAGGACUAGGCCGAUUAAAGUAUCCCAGUUUUGCCAUGUUCUCCUUGGCAUUCCCACAGAUCGCAUCAUUUCAAAUCAGUGUGAGGUCAAUACGCUUUGCUACGGCAGCUGA